AUGUCUCUCAUAUCAUAUUCGAUUAAUGUCAAACGACUAUAUAACAACUUUCAAGAUGUAUGUCAAACACAUUUACAUAGAUUAAUACAAAGAGUACAAGCUGUUGGAAGUGAUGCUGAUCAAUCGCGUCUAGCAAUACUACAUUAUGAAUUACUCGAUGGUAUAGAUACUAUAAACUAUCAAAAAUCAAGACCUAGAAAACAAUAUAUCAUAAACAAAAAUAACGAUCAACAAGAAGAUAAAGAUGAAGCGAAUCAAGAUAUUGGUGAAGAUGACGUCGAAGAAGAUGAAGAUGAUGAUGAUGAUCAAAAUAUAAGCAAUGAUGUUGAUUUAUUAUCAGUUAAAGAAUCAUCAUCAACAACAAAGACAAAUAAUAAUGGUGGAAACAAUAGAAGUCCAAUUGGUAGAAUCAUUCAUCAUAUCAAUAUGAUAGAAUCAUUUUUAAUUGAAAUGAAUAAUAUUAAAACAGAUGCUCAAAAGAUAUUAUCUACAACUUUAUCUUUAAAUCAAAAUGAAAUAUAUAAAAUGAAUGAUAGAGGUAUAAACAAUGUAGAAGUAUCAUUAUUUGAUUUUAUAGAUUUUAUGUGUUGUACAUUGACCAAUUACGAACAAGACUUUCAAAUGAAACAAUCUAUAGCAAGCGAUCUAACAAGUGCCAGUCAAUUAACAUUUGAUAUUCUAUCCAAUGUCAUUUUGUUAUGGACCCAUUCACCUUUAAUCAAUGACAGUCAAUUACAAAAUAUAACCUCUAGAAUGGAAUUACAUAAUGCAAUGAAUAUCAACUCUUAA